UCAAUCGGGUUUAGCUCUCUAUGUCGCGUGACAGUGGAGUGCAGCGAAAGGGAGUGAUUGAAGGCUAAUAUUAACCAAUUUAAAACCAGCAUUAAAGGUAAGAAUGUCAAGCUCACGAUUGGUUAGAAGGGUCACCGUCAGCUCACAAGGCACAUACUGAGUGUACUAACUAGCGAAUGUACAGGAAAAGAGAGGUUCGACUGGAAAAAGAAAAAAAGGUUGCACCAGAACAAUUAUUUGCACUCGCACAAAAUGCUCCCAAUUAUAUUUCGAGGUCGCACAGAUUAAAUUUCGGGAGCAUAAAAUGGUCGCAAUUUCCAGCCCUGUUUGAGACAUUGACAAAAAGGUUAAACUAUUCGAAUUAAAAUAUAAGACAGUGUAGGCUAUCUAAAGCCUGGUGCACACUAGAUGAUUUUCAAAUCUUAACCGAUUUAAAAACGUGGGAGACCACAGACAUAACGACAGGUUUUUAAUAUUUUAAUCGUAAGAACGCACACACCAGACGAUUCAGUCAAGACGCAGGACCACACACUUGGCGUUUAUACUAAACAAUUUCAGAGUGGCGAUUCCAGGGACUUUUUUUUAUUUCCGCAAGGUGAUUCCCCAUCUCCAUGGAGACCACAACGUUACAAUAAUUACAUACAUAAUACAAUAAUAUUGAUACUUUUGUUGCUACGUGCAGUUGCCUAACCGCAUCGAGUAAAAAAACAAUAUCGUCCGCAGAGAACUUCUUCGGUUUCGGCAAGCCGAAAUUAAUUCGGGUGGUGACGCUUCCCGGUCAACUCGCUCUCAUUGGCUGUUGCGGGUUUCUGCUCAAUAUGCCAUCGCUGUUCCUUUCACACUACAGAAUUUCAAAUCGUAAAUAUCAAACAUGUUUGAUAUUUACGAUUCGAGAUCGGGGAGACUCCGAUCCAGUCGGUAACAUUAAGAUUAUGUCUGUAAACCCCUCACACUACAGGAUCAUUUGGUCAGAUAAUCGGUUCAGAUUAACCUCGGAUUGGGAACGCCGCCGCGAUUAUCGGGAAGAGCGAAUCGGGCACAAAAUCGGCCCAAAUGUCCUCUGGUGUGGGGCCAGCAUAAGUGUGUGUCUGUCCGGUGUUUAUUUGUUUUAGAGAGGCACCAUAUAUUUUAGAUGCAGACCUAAUUUUACUUAGUGUUACAAUAACUAAUUUUAAAUUGUCCUGCUGAGAUAAAGUCAUUUGUUUUGGUCAUGGAAAUUAAGUUAAAGGUUGUGGAGAAGUCAUGUAAAAGUCAUUGAAAAUCAUUGGUAAAAAAGUGUAUGAACCCUGCUUUUAGCUGAUUCUGGGAUAUAGGAGGAUACCCAGUGUCAUUAUGUAGCUUGCAUAAUGACAGCUGUUCAUUGGCGCAUAAAGCAAGUUCAUGGAGGAUGCCAUGUCCUGAACAACUUGGUAAAAGUGUUUGGAGGGAGCGCUGGGGAAAUGGGGUGAAAGGUUUUUUUUUCCUUUCUCCAAAACCUCGCUCUCUUGCUCGUUUGUCCAAACGAACACACUGCACCUUUAAUACUUACAACAAAACAAGAUGUAACCUUAAAUAUUCAAGUCACAUAAAAAAGAAUGUUCUCAGAUUUAAAAAAAUAAGUACUACCUUUAGUCAGUGCAGCUAUACACCCAAAGAAUCUCAACUCAAUCACCGGAAACACAAUAGAAAGUUUGUCAAUACGUCAUUUAAAAAACAGUAUUAUUUCUGAUCCACUCAUGGUUGCUAAUGUGCUCAAUGAAUGUUUAACCUCUUCUGUUCAUGAGCUUGCAAAUUAAUUUGCAUCUCCACCUACCUCUAACAAUGAAAUGAAUGAUGAAACAAAUUGUAUACACUUAUGUUUAUUCUAUGCACUUCUGUACCUGUAUCGGCAGUAUCAAAAACACUUAAGUGAUUGAGGAACUCAAAAUAAGGACAUCUGUCAACAGCUGUGUUCUUAAAAGUACAUCAUCAUGCCUUCCUUCCAUUGUUUCAUACCCUCAUUAACUUUCAUAAGUGCAUUCACAAGUCAGAUUUUCGCCACACUGGAAAUGUUCCCUAAUAUCUCCAGUUUUUAAAUCCAGUGAUGCCCAAUUAGCAUCUAUUAAGAUUUUGCCUGUUCUUUCAAAGGUACUUGAAAAGAUUCUAACAAUGCAACUCAAAAGCUAACUUGAAAGUCAACAUCUAAACAACCUCCAAUUGGAUUACGAAAGCAACGCUCUACUUUAUUUGCUGCUUUGCUCUUCACUGACCACUUCUGCUGUGCUCUUAACAUUGGUCAAAUAACUGGAGCCAUAUUCACAGACUUUAAAGCAUUCCCUACCAUUAACCAUACAGUCCUGUUGAAACUAUGACAUUUUAACAUAUCACCUGCUUCUGCCACUUUGAUUACAUCAUACCCAGUAACUACUGUCAUUAUGUAGCUUGCGGGCCACCUCUAAGGACAUGGCUAAAUUUGUAGAUGUCAGAAUCAUUGAGAUGUAUAAGAACUGGAGACAGCUUCUGCUAACCGGUUCCACGGUCCUUUACCUGCGAACAUACAGUCCUUAAAGCAUGAUCAUUGUGUCACUGGUUAAAUGCAUGUUAAUUUCAUGUCUCUUUAAAGGUGGGGAGGCUGGGUGCACCAUCGACCUUUCCAUGACAAUUUCGUGUUUGCUGAUGCCAGUCUUUCUGGCAGGUGUGUUCCUCAUAGCUAUGAGGUCUUAAGGGCGGCACAGUUCUGUUCUAUUUCAACAGCAAUUUUUGCCAGUUGCAGUACCCCAUUUAGUCUUUCUACCACUACUGAAGAUUGGGGUUGGGAUGGGGUGUGAAAUGUUUGUAAAGGAUUGCAAAUUCUUUAAUCACCUUUCCAGUAAAAUGAGGAUCCAUGUCACUGUCCAGAUAUUGACAAAUACCAAACCUUGGGCAAAAAUCUCUGGCUAAUAGCCAUGGUGGUUGCAUCAGCAUGUCUGGUAGGAAAUGCGUCUAUCCAAUUUAACCACAUGUUGACUAAUAAAAGUACGUAUCUUUCCCCUUUACAUCGAAACAUUUCUAAAAGUCCAUUUGAAUAUUUGCAAAGGGAGGAGGAAGUGAGACCUGUGUGGUAUACUUUUGCCUGUGCCUGGAUGAAAUUUCAUGCACUUUAUGCAGGCAGAACAUAUCUGCUGAGCUGUAGUUGGAAAUUUGGGUGCCUACCAUUCUUUUGUACAGGAUGUCAUCUGGCAAAAAAGAUUGGGGCGCUACAGUGCUGGUCAGACCACUGGCACCAAGUCCGGUUUGUGCAGAGUUUGCAAUGUGAAUUUAACCACAGCUAUUUCUCAGGAGCUGGGGUAGCCUCUAGUGGGGCUGCUAAAUCAGAAAUAGUAAGGAUAACCGGAGGAGUUGGCACACUAAUGAAUUGCACCCAUGGAGGAGGCUGUUGGGAAGCAUGUUUUGCAGCUGCGUCAGCACAGGCAUUCCCACAUGAUACAGAGUCAGUAAGUUAAGUUUAAAAUGUAAAAGCUUUGCAUUUAAUCAGUUUUCACUUCCUCAUGGCAUCCCCCCAGAUAUACUGUUAAUCAUCCAAUGGCAUAGAGGUCUGUCUUAGGGAGGCAGCCCAUAUUGCAAAAUCAGGGACAGGCAUUUAUUUCAGUUCCCUUUUUAGCUGAAGUUCUUUAGUAGCAGCAAGUAUGAGAAAGGUUAGAGGUAGUGUGGUUAGUGUUGUAAUUUGUACUUCAGAACAUUCUGCUUCCCCAAUUGCCCUUUUUAUCCACAGUCCCUUUUUGAAUAUCGUGUCCUCCAAAAACAUUGUGAUGGUAGAGUAAAAUUAGUUAUUUUUACCACGGCGCGCAGGAACUUCCGCCGUACGCUAUGCAUGGCAAAUUGUGGUCACGCACUCACUCACUCACGGAAUUUACCUGUGAGACAAUGAAGAUCAUGUGACGUUUUAUUCAAACGUGGAUUUACACAUAAAAUUGAGAAAAAGAACGCAAAAAAUCGAUUAUACUUAGCCACGUUAGACGGGUUAUUUUUUUCCACAUGCAUUGCAAAAAAUGUGUGAUAACUGGUGAAAGAAUUAGAGAAAACUGAGCGUGUUUUUAAUAGAACGCUAAAUAGUAGUUACAAUGUAAAGAUGCUACAUUGUAAAUACUACAGGAUAUAUGGCAAUGACUGUAAUGCUGUUGGACUUUAAAACCAUUGUAUAGUCUAGGGUUUGGAAGGGGCAUAUUUUGAGUUUUGGUAUUGGGCUAGUUUUCUUCGCCAUUGGGGUGGUUUUGGGCUGGUUUUGAUUGGCCAUUUGGCUGCUAAUGUCACGAAGACCUGGAAACCCUGCUGCUUGCAAAGCUUCUAACGGACAAACUCUGUGGCAAGGUGAGUAGGCUAACGCUAACAACAUCAAUGUGACUUCAACCAAGACUAAUAUUGGAUAAGCUAGGACCUGAUAAGGUGGCCAGCAUGGCUGUUGAUGAGCAGCAUGUGAAGUGUGGCACCAUAUAUGAAGAUGAAAUCAUUUUGGAAGUUAUGAACACAGGCCUCAAGUAUGAUGGUUUUAAGGCCGAUAAAUGUCUCACUAGAGUAAUCCAGAACAAGAAUAAGCAGUUCCUUGUGGUAGAUGCAGGGUGCUUGAGAUUUGAAGAGAGGAACAAGAGAGAGAGCAGAAAGGAAGAGUGCCUGUUCGAAAUCUGUUGUUACCAGAACUCUGACAUGUCCGCUGGACUACCUGUCAUAUUAUCAGUGUGUGAUGGAGGAGAAAACAGGAUCAUCUGCUGCUAUGACGAUGGAAAUGAAAAGUGUGUUUACGCCAAACUACAGGACCUACCUCUUCCUGGUUACAUAGAGGAGUCCAAUCAUGAGGCCAUAUUCUUCCUACAGAGUGUGAAAGAACAGAGGAACUGCUACAGAUUUAAGUCCUCCUUGUGGCCUAAAUGGUUCCUGACUUCUGAAGAAGGAGAUGAUCUUGUAAAGCUGGUGCUGAGAAAGGCUGGGGAAGAUGUGGUAGAGGGGUUACACCUCCUCAAGCCAUAAGGAAAGGGCUUUAAAAUUUAUAGGAAUUAAUCAGCUGUAACUAUUUUGAGAAAAUCCUCUGUCAUUCCAUGUUAAUUUCCAUUUGGUGAACCCACAAAUUGAAGGCUUCU